GAUCGCAAGAUGGCUUCCAAUUUGUUGUGAUGCCAGUUAGCUGUAGGCAGGCAGCUGAAGUGGUGCUGUUAAAGACAUCAAUGAAAGCGGAGUGGGCAUUACGGGCAAGGUUCCAUUUUCGAACCUUGCGUUAGCCGAAAUUAUGCUAGACCUUAUAAUUCGCUUGCAGCUAGCUGUGUUAAUCCUGUGUGUGUAUAUGGUGACCAAAUAGAUUGCUGAACGCCGCAUUGACGCUGCUGCGUUCAUUAUAUCGUGUUUGCUGUGACUUCCAUCUACGACUCGAAUAUUCACCAGUGAUAGUCAGCAGCAAUAACAUUGUUGCCUCCACAAUGAGUGCUGACGUUCUCGAUAUUCUAGAGAUCGAGCGAAAUAAUGAACUUGAGGUCUCAAAAGAUGCCAUCCUUGGCACCAAUAACAAACCAAAGAAGCGCUCCUCCCUGGGCACUCGUAAGCCAGAGGGCAUGGCCCGAGAAGUGUACAAUCUUUACGAUCGAAACGACCCACCUCCAUUGUUCAUGACUGACUUUAAGCCGUCUGCCGGUGGUGGCUAUAUGAACGUCAAAGCAAACCUCGGAAUUAAGAAGGUGCGCUCAUGGCGAUUUCAGACGUUUGAAAAUCCGGCUAGGAAAGACAGCUUCAAGUUGCAUCACUGGGCGCGAGUUGCCGAUGAAGGUAAAGAGUACGCUUUUUGUAAGUUCAAUAAAGAGGUGGCCAUUCCCUCGUAUACAGACCAAGAGUAUCAGCAAAACCUCAUGUGCAAUACUUGGACGAAGGCGGAGACCGACUACUUGUUUGACAUGGCACGUCGUUUUGACCUGCGUUUCAUCAUCAUCAAGGACCGCUGGGACCGAAAAACGUAUCAAGAUCGUAGUGUCGAGGACAUCAAGGAUCGUUACUAUUCAAUCUGUAAUACACUGAAGAAGAUCCGUGCACCACCCGGCACUGAAGUGAAAAUUCAGGCAUUCGAUGCGGAUCACGAGCGACGCCGUAAAGAGCAGCUCGACAAGCUGCUAUCCCGAACUCCGGAAGAAGUUGAAGAAGAGCAAAACCUCAUCCAGGAACUUCGAAAGAUUGACCUGCGCAAAAAAGAACGCGAACGUAAGACACAGGACCUACAGAAAAUGAUCCAGGAUAAUGAACAGCGAGCUAGCCAGCCAAAUCAAAAGAAGACUAGCACACCGGCGCCAUCUGCACCAAAGAAGAAGAAAGAGAAAAGCUCUGCGCCUUCAUCCACAAGCCUCAUUGAUAUUGGACAGAUCGAACUCAGCGCCGCAAUCAAGUUUCCCGAAUUAAAAGUAGCGGUCACGUCAUUACGCAGUGCGCGAAUGAAACUGCCGCAAAGUAUCGGACAGAAGAAGACAAAAGCACUCGAGCAGAUGCUCAAAGAGCUUAACGUAGACCCGAAUCCGCCCGCAUUUGAAGAUGUUGUGCAGCAUUUUAACGAUCUGCGUAAUUGUAUGGUGUUGUUGUAUGAGCUCAAGCAGGCAUUAACGACCAGCGAGUACGAGAAAAGCACUUUACGAUUACAGUUUCAGGAGCAGGUGAAGACUGAGGCGACCGCAGCAGAUUCUGACGCCGGCGGGGAUGUUGAUGUAAUGGGCAGCCCGCCGAGAACGGCGGCGGGCUCUGGCACAAGUAACGCUUCGAUCGCCGACGCGUUCGAGGUCGAACUUACGCCGAAUCGUAAACGGAAAGCUGCGCUCGAGCAGAUGAAUGUGAUGCGCAAGCUCAAAAAAAUGUAAUCACGGAGUUAUACCUAAAAUGGGCGCGAACUAACACAAUUGGUAAUACCUAUGUUGCUAUUAGUUUAUAGCUGUGCGCGCAGCAAGAGCCAGCAAAGUUUUACAGUAGUGGAAGAUUAGCUGGUAAUACAAUCUAUUCCGCUGUUUCUUGCAUUUAGACAUGUAGAGUGUGCUGUUACGUAAGACUGUCAUGUGAUAUUCUACUAGAAUAUGUCUAUAUGGCGAUGUAAUUCUUUCGAUGAGAUGGGGACACUGUGAGCCGUCAAUAAAAAUAGAUUACAAACCAUGACCAGUAGAGUAACUGUAAUUAAGUUGUUCGUUACAUUGAGGUUAUGCAGGUGGUGUCCAUGGCAAACAAAAAUCGACUCAUAAAACCAAACGGGUUGUACAUUUGUGAACUGCAAGACUCAACAGGCCGUUCCAUUAAUAAAACCGUUUCAACAGAAGGCAUUCGAUAAAGAAACUGUUUGUAGAAAUUAUAUGCGCGUUAGGAUUAAGAGGCCGGUAAAGAAAAACGUAUAGAGAAA